AUGCAUGACCUCGCGCGUUCUGAGAAGCGUCCUCAAUCGCAGAGCCCUCCAGACAUCACUCGCGAUUUUGGUCGGCCCCAAAAAGAAAACUCUGACACUUCGCCACACACAGAUGGCACGAGCUCCUUGGCGAGUUUUCGGAAGUUCGUCUACGAAGAAUUAAUGUCUCGCAUGGCAGACAAUGAUAUUAUUGGAAAGCAGCCGCUUUCACCUGAGCUGGUGGAAUACUGCCUCCCCAAGAGGGUUGAUUACACUGCCUGGGACACCCUCCUCCAUCAGCCAUUAAGCCUUCCUGAUAACCUUCUUUCUUCCAUGUUCAGUCUUAAGGAAGAUAACGGUUUUUCUAAUUAUGUCAGAUCACCAGAUACGCCAACCAUAUUUUACUUAAGAUCGUUCUCAAUGACUGUAUCUCAGUUGAGGAGUAUUGUUGAUGACUGGAAGAAUCGAAAAUACUAUUAUGGCGAAGAAGCUACUACUUGGUUGGGUAUGACUGCAGCAAUGAGCUCUGAGGAGGUUGUGUAUAUCCGCUAUAUUGGCGCCACUGAAAAGAAGACCCCAUUUCAACGCUACACAGCAGAUUUUUCGUCUAAAACUGGUCCCGUACUGGCGAAAUUCUUGGAAACAGUUGGUCGAUUAUGUCCAACCGUCCUAGAUAGUGUUGCAAUAUAUGAGUUUGAUGAAGCGAGUCAUCUCAGCGCCAAAACGUGCUCGCUACCUGAAUGGAAAGAAAACAGGGCUAUGCAAACCCUCCCAGAGCAAGCAUUAAUAGCAUUAUUUGGAUUUUCUUCCCUACUUAACCAGGCGGUUGGUGGCUUCCUUCACACUUACAAUCCAGAUGACGAUCAACGAGCUGUUUUCAAGUCUCUGCAAACUGGAAGUAUCGAAGCCAUGCAACAAAACUUACAGACUGCCCCUGUCGAUUUAGUCAAUAAACUCCGAGCGUGGGCGAGAAGCGUCUUCGAGCAUGAUAUAGGGCGUCAACGAUCGCUGCUGGCCGUCGAGGAAAGACUUUCAAAACCUGGCGUUCCUUCGAAGAUUUAUCAAUUUUCCGAAUCACUUCAAUUGACAGUUAUGAGUCAGGCGGUACCUGCACUUUAUCUUGGCCAGUUCACGCCCGUUGUUACUAUCGGUGCUGAGAUGAGUAAAGAUGCGUACGGGAAAGCCGAGCCAUUCUACACCGGACAGAGUCGCUCUGCAGAUUUGAUGAAGAAAGUCCUCUCAAAGUUAUACGAGUGGGAAGAAGGUCUCAAAGAGACAUCAUCAUUUACCAUCAAUUCCUUGAUUAAACGUCAAGGUUUACCUUUCGUAAACCUACUCCCAUGGCUGAACUGCACUAAGGAUGACAUGUCCGCUGCCAUCGGGAUUUUAGAGCAGUACUUGGGGAUAACUCGGCCAUACAUCAUUCUCACCUUGGGAAAACGCCCUUCGUCUGUCGCUGCUUCCAAUUUUCGGCAUCUUCUCGGAUACAAAGGUCGGGAUCCAUUCUAUCAUAAGGUUGGAGUGCUGGAAGUAGUAGACUACGGCGAUUGGUCUAGCGUACAAAUACCGUGUUUCCAUCCAGGACAAGUUCAAUACGUUAAGGACUCAAAGCUGUUUUAUAAGGCAAUGAAUCUUACCCUCUCGAUUCUAUUACUUACGAUUAAGGUUACAAUAGAAACGCACUCUGCAAUGCGAAUGAGCCCACAAGCUGCUCGGUGUAUCUAUAUUAAGAAUACUGUCGAUAGUAUACUUCAAGCCAAAGGUAUUGAUGUCUUAUUAGAAGACAUAAAAGAUGGCAUGCAGGCUGUCAAAGAUAAAGGAAACAAAUUCCACACCAAAGAAGAAACUGCUGCUGCAAAGGGCAGUGUAAUUAAUAUUCUCGGAUCCAAGUCUCUACCAAACCCUAUCAUUUUCAGUGCUUUAGCCGUUGAUGCUCCUUUCUCGUACAAUAGAAGAGCCCAGGUCCAUCGCCUAUGGAAGCUUGACAUUCCGGCCCUUCAUCUUGUUAUCUCUCGUGAUCAUCGGUACCUGUGGCAUGCUUGGGGGAAUCAGCUUGAAGAGGGAACUUCUUUCUUCGAAGAUCGUUCUCUAGAAGCUAGUUGGCGUGCUACUAUUAAAGGAGAUCCAUUAGAGGUUAGACGCAAGUUCAAGAAGGAGCGCCCUAAAAGACAAGGCGUGCUUGGGAAGAGGAAGAUGUCGGUGUACGAGCUUGAUGCUUUUGAAGUAGAUAAUAAGUAA